AGCCCUGACAGACUCUGGCAAGAUCAGAUACUGUCCGCUCCACUAACACAGCAACAAACCACAGCAGCCACCUUCCCAUAGCCAGUCUUCCCCUGUCUAUCCGCAUCAUUUCCACUCCAUCAAGCCCCCUAAACAACAAACCUCCACCAAACCACCCCCAAACCCCCAAAAUGGUCGCCAUCAAGUCCCUCUUCGCCACCGCCGUCCUCCUGGUCACCUCCGUGACCGCGGACUACACCUGCCCCCAGGUCCAGUCCCAGCGGUUCGGCCUGAACCCGCGGCACGUCUACACGUCCGGCCAGGCCACCAAGGUCUUCACGAGCGAGGCCCUGCCCGUCUGGAAGGGCAAGCCGAGCACCUUCGUGCCGCCCGCGACGGGCGACCCGCACUCGUACGGCAACAGCGACAACAUCAACUUUGGGCCCGCGGGGUGCAACAAGAACCUGUUCGCGUACCCGAUCGACCCGGCGGGCCUGCCCGCCAACGCGCCCAACCGGGGGUCGGACCGCGUCGUCUUCAGCGUCAACUGGAACCGCAAAGCCAAGAAGUGGGACCUCAAGAUGUGCGGCGUCAUGCGGCACGCCCCCAACGGGAGGGACUUUGUUAACUGCCCUUAGGAGCUUUUGGUAUUUUUUUUU